AUGAACAACAGCUACCAGGGGUUUGUUCAGAGGUGUUGCCAGCUGCAGCAAAAAGAUUAUCUCCUUUCAAUCAUUCAGUUUUUGAUUAAAGGCCGUUGGUCCAUGUGGCCUACAUUUGCAGCUGGACAGACAGUGCUAAGGAAUCACAAACCCUGCUGCACCCCAAAGGAGAGACAAGCUCACAAUAAACAGGCCCUUCUUAGCAUUCCAAAGCCACCAUUGGAGCAAAUGGAGUCCUGCUUAAAGAAGGAGCUGUAGGCUCUUGACUGGACUAAAGAGAACACUCAAGAACUGAAGUUACAGCCCUACAGAGAGGUCUUUGAGUUCUUCAUAGACAGCUUCAAGACCUAUAAACCCUUGCUGUCCACUAUAAGGAAUGAAGUAACUUUGGCUUAUCAGAAGAAAAUGAUCUGUGAACUAGAGUCCCUGAAGGCAAUGGUUGCAACUGCCUCAGAGGAGUAUACCCUGCAGAUACUGACACUGCAAGAAAAGCAGAAAGAGAAAAUAAGAAUACUAGAGCAAGAAAAGCAACAUUUGUUAAAGAUCAUUGGCCUCAUAAAGGAAGAAAAGAAUUUUCUUCACAUUCAGGUGGAGUGUCUGCAGGCAAGUGUAGCUGAGGAGUAUUCCUGCUAUCUCAAUAAGCACAGUGCCCGCAAACUUCUUCUGGAAAAACUGAAUUAUAUGAAUGCACAUCUGGACAUGAGACCUCACCAAGAACAAGUGGCUGUUGUCAAGGGUGAACAUGUGGUGAAGUUAACUCUGGUAUUGAAGGUAGUCCGGCAGGACCUCACAAAAGUCCAUGCAAUGCUGAACCAAGUGAAAGCAAGCUAUGGAGAUUAUGUGCCCAGAAGAGAUUUUGAAUCACUGGAUUAAAAAUACUCCAACUUACUUCAGGAGAAUAAGUGUCUGACAGCUUGCACUGGAGAUGCACAGGAGCAAUGCCAAGUCACAUGCAGGAUAGGACAAAAACUGCAGAAGAAUUUUGAUCAGCUCCAUAAGGAAUAUGAACCACUUCUGGAAAUCCAAAGAGAGACUGCAGAAGAGCAAGACAACUUCCAUGCUGAACUUCCACAAGUUGAGCACAACAGCACACCCUGGCCAAAAUGGCAAAGUGUUCAGGUGCCAAAUGAACUUAGUAGUGGUUUGCUUAAGUGUCUUCUUGCUGUUACAGAGGUGAUUUCUGUGGGGAUUGACCAAUGGCAUCAUCAGGCUGAAGUGAAGACCAGCUAUGAGCUCGUGGAUGUGCUGCUUGAAGGAAUAGGAACAAGAGGAAAAGGUGACAAUGUUUCUGUGUACCUGAGGCAUUAAAGUGAAGUCACGAACAGCAAGCUGACUAAGAAGGAUAUGGUGAACAUCCUAAAGGAUGUCUGGAAGGAGAAAAUUGCACUAGAACAGCAGCUUUGGAAGCGAUCCCGUCUGCCCGAGUUCUUUCUCAGCUACCUCCAGAAGCAGUAUGGAGAUGCUGCUGCCAUGAAAUGGUUUUAUACCCUCUUUGAGAACAUGUGGCUCUGUUGAUCAAACCACAUUCUGACCUCAACUUUUGCUGUAUUCACUGGGCAGGUUGUUCCUGAAACAGCUCAUGUUUUUUCUCUGUGUGGUGUCUGUGAAGAUCAUGCCCAUGAAGUUAGGGAGGUGAAGGCAGAUGAUCUGAAAACUGCCUUCUGCACAAUCGAUACUGAUAUUGAUGAUCAGACACUGGAUACCUAUAUUGUGACUUAUCAGGUCCAAACAGAUGAGCCAGCCCAAAAAGUUGUGCCUGUGGAAACUGUCCUUCAGAGACUGACUGCUGCCGAUGUGAGAUGAGUAGGGCCCUCACCCAGGCAGCAGAAGAUAGAGAGAGGCCAGAACAUUUGCACUGGUCUCCUGCACACCUACUGUGGGAUUGCACUGUACUCCCCCAAGGAGCAGCUGCUCAUCCGUGCAGAUGAAGACAUCAUGGGCAGCAUCCUGCAGCUCUCCAGAGCUACAGAAAGGCCAGCAAGCUGA